CGAUGAACUAAUGAUCAAUUUUAUCUGCGCAAACGAGUUAUUCAUUGCCGUUAUCAUAUAAGAUUUCAGCGCGAUAAGAUAAUCUUUAAUAGAACGUACAUUGGAAUAAUUUUGCGUGGCCGAAGGAAUCGUGCCAUCUUUUUUAAAAAUUAGCGAGCUAGAUUUGCGAUCGAUGAAGAUCUGAGAUUAUGUGAAAAAAAAUUUAAAACACGAUUAAUAAAAAUAUAUCUAUGUAAUAGCACCAAAGAGAUAUCCUAAUCCUCGGUGAUAAUAGUUUAUAUAUUCGCAUUUUACGAUCGAUGAUUCCUUUAAAUGAAAGUCCGUAAAUGAAUCAUUGAGUUUUUCGUAGCGUCCCGUGAGCCUAGUCAACCAUUUGACAAAUACCUACAUUUUCCCAACCAUUCUCCGAGCUCUGAACUCUGAACCCGACCUUACAUAUAUACAUAGAUACACGUCCAACAACGAAUAGUGAACAACACAUAAUAUCUACAAAUACAUCCAUGCAAAUAACAUAGCAUAGAAGUUAAUAACACAUAACCUGCGCCCUCGUUGUGUUUCGAUACGAUUCAGUUCGUUUCAAAUUUGCAUUUGUUCACGUUUACGAUGCGUCUUAGAAAAACUCAUGCGUCCCCAUUGGGUACUCGCCAAAUACAUGAGGACUACGUGUAGAGAGGUUUCGUAUUCGAUGUACAAAGGAAGUUGAAGAAACUUCGGUCUUGCUUAAAAAGUCAAUGAUCUCGCACGACACUUCUCUACGACAAUUUCUGCUCGAAGAAUGAGCGAUCGGAAGAACAAAACGCAAUGAAGUAGUUAUGUUGCCCUCGACUGGUUACUUUAAAACUAUCAACUGUCCAUUUUACGAUAAUGGAACGUGCGAAAGACCUUAUUGUCAUUUUAGGCAUUCAAAACGAGAAGAUGCUGGAGUUGCCGUGGAGGCAACUGAAGCAGUGGAAAAUCGUUCCGCGGAUCAGGUUGAAGGAUCGAAAACCAACGCGAUAGUAGCAUCAAGUUCAGACGUUUUACAACAAUUAGUGACAGAAGCUGUUCAAAAGGUUCUUGGUACUCGAACUGUCUCAGACAUAGAUAAUCUUUCUUGUGAAAAUGUCGUUUCUCAAGUAGUCGAAGGACUGAAACCUACUUUGACACCCGGAUCAUCCAGUACAUUAGAUAACGUCAGUGUUAACACAGGAGAGAAAAGAACAGAGCCAUUGGCUGUGAACAAACCACUUCCAUGUGUUUAUAAUCCGACGCCAAUUGCAGAACUUAAAAAACGUCAUAUACCAAUCGUAUCUUACAUGCCAACCAGGGAGAGUAGAGUAGCUGUGAAACGUAAAUGUUCUCCGGAUGGAAUUAAACCUUGGUUAAAUAUUGGUACCGAAUCUUCAGAAUCUCAAAAUGUCGAAGUUAAAUACAAGCCCACUGUGAUAGUUAAUUCAGAAACUCGAGAUUCCAUACAAAGUUACAUACCGACGUUCAAGUCAGAUUCAUGUUCGUCAAAUUCGAAUUCAUGUAAGGAUGGCAGCUCAAAUGACUAUUUGUUUAAGCUUAAAGAAGCUUAUUACCCAAGGAGUAAGAAAAGAAGAGAAGAGUAUGUACCGAAGAAAAUAAAAGCUCCGUUAAAGACGGCUGACGAAUUAAAUGGAUCCCCCCUGGAUCAGAUCGAGGCUGACUAUGAUAUGAUGGACGAAGCACUCGCGUGUGCACGAACUACUUGCGAUGUACAACCGCCUAGCGAAGUGUCUCAAGAUUCUUUCACAGACAUAGAACCGAAAUUCUCUGAUGACGAAGAAGAUGAUAGCAAUAAUCAAGCCAAGAGCGAAGAAACGAGCAAAAUCAGUAUUGCAUCUAACGAUCGCGUAACGUCGUUUAUGCAGAAAGAAUCCCAUCGGUAUUUUGAGCAAUUCAAGUGCUCGAACGAUCUCCAGCGCAUAGACUGCAUUAACGACCGGUAUAAUAAAAAUAAGCCGAGCAAUAAGAUUCCGAAAAGCGAAGAAACUGUGAGCGCGUUUCCUCAGCGCGAUACAGAUCGAAAAGUAUCGGAAGAAAAUGUAGAAAAAGAUGCCGUUAAGGAUAUAAAAGAACAUAAAAGCGCGAGGAAGGAUAAAACCGAAAAAAAGAAUCAAAAAGAUCAUAGUUCAUCUCAUAAAAAGUACAAGAAUAAACACGAAUCGAGUGAACGAUCGCAUUCUACCUCUCAUAGCAAAAGUAAAGAUAAGAGUAAGGAUAGAAACCAUUCGAAGCGUGAAAGUAGUAAAGACGUAAAAGACAAAAAAUACGAUAAAGAUAAAAGGAGAAGCAAAGAUCAUGAUAAGCAUAAAGAAAAAGAACGGGAUAAGGAGAAGAAUGAAAGUAGACAGAAAAGUAAAAGCGAUAAAAAAGGAGAUCAUCACAGAUCGGAUAAGCGACAUGAGCAUUCAAAGAGUGAAAAAAGUAAAACAGAUAAAAGUAGUGAACAUUUAAGAACAAAUCGGAAGUCUGAUGAUAAAUAUGUGGAGAGAAGAAAUGAAAGAAAUUCAAUCGACAAAUCCGCAAACUCUUUGGACAAUGUUCGUCUGGAUUCGAUGAAUGACGAUGACGACGUGAAUGAUAAUUGUUACAGUAGUAUAAUUGACGAUGCACUCUUCAGUACAUCCGAUUCGGAUCAUGACGUACAAGAAGAAUGCUUAAAAAUAUUUCAGGAAUAUCAAGUACCGAAACGGUUAAAGCCAACGGAAACUUCGACGUUGCGUGAAAACGAGGACGAAAAACAAAAGGAACAGAACGAAGAGAUUGGCAAAAAGAGGGUAGCACAUCCAUCGGCAGCCACGUGCGUUACAAGGCAAAUUGGGCUCACUCCACAAGUGAAAAAAUCUGUAAAUCCCCACCAAAAAAUGUAUGAAAGGUGGCGUUUAAUGCGAGAUGUAGCAGAAAAGACAACUUGUUCAAGCAUCAGCGUUCCGAAAGAUAUUCGGAGAAAUUGUACCGAAACGAUAGGAAGCAAUGACAUCAAAUUGAAUGGAAAUGGUCGUAUUAGAAUUGCUCACGUACCAUACGCCAAGUCUCUGACGAUAGAAAAAAGAAAAGUGACAGAAAAUGCAGGAAAGAUGAUGGAAGCAAAAGCAAUGGAUAAUUGUAAAACGGCUGCACAAACAACGAAAAGUGGUGUACGCGUUGCUCAUGUUCCACAAGUAAUUCCUCAAUUGAUGCGCCCUGAACCGUUACAAGUGGCCACGCAAAAGUUUCCUUUAAACGUUCGUCAAUAUUAUUUAAACAUGAUGCACGAUGUGUGCGUAUUAAUUUAUACUAAUGCCGAGGACGCGGCACAACGUGCUACUAAAGAAGAGUACGCUUGUCACGAAAGAUGCAAAGCAUUAGCUGUUUAUAAAAAUUCGUGUAUGCUUGCUGCGCAUAGGUUGAGGAAAGAAGUUGAACAAAAUUCUUCUAUAGAAAAUAAUGUAGCGGCAAUGCCAUCGAGUAGCAGUAUUGUAUCCCAUGAGGCGGUACUUGCCGGAAAGUCAAAGGGUUCCUGGAGUGUUCUCAGGACAAAGAGAUCUGUAACGGAAUUUAAAGGGACGGCUCUUUACAAUAUGAUGAAGAAAUGGAUAAUGACGGAACAGCAGCUUCGAGAUAAUGGAUUUCCUCGGCCGCAUCCAGACGGUCAAAAGGGCCGCGCGAAAGUCUACGUAAUUAAUUCACGCAAUCAAAGUGUUCUGUCAAAAGUGCCUAACGAAAGGAUUUGUUGUCGAUGCGGUCAAAGUUACAUGGUCGAUAAGCAAGGACUUGCUGUACAAUCUCAAAACUGCAUAUAUCAUUGGGGUAGAAAGUUCACGAUCAGAGGUGAAAGCAAAUACAGUUGUUGCCAACAAUAUGGUUCUGCAACAGGUUGCUGCGAUGCGAGAACUCACGUUUGGGAUUACGUAGAUUACGAAAACCUCCGUGGCUACGUAAAAACUUUUCCCAAAAACGCGCCUACCGAGGAACAAGGAGUGUAUGCACUGGAUUGUGAGAUGUGUUAUACGACGCAAGGAUUGGAAUUAACUAGGAUAACAGUCAUUGAUGAAGAUUGCAAUGUAGCAUACGAGACAUUGGUCAAACCUCAAAAUACUAUAAUCGAUUACAAUACAAGGUUUUCUGGGAUUACGGAAGAGAAUAUGAAAAACACGACGACAUCGUUGUUAGACGUUCAGGCAACGCUGCUAACAAUGUUCUCAGAAAAAACUAUAUUAGUGGGCCACAGUCUCGAAAGUGAUUUAAAAGCCUUGCGGCUUUUGCACGAUACUGUAGUAGAUACAAGCGUGAUGUUUCCCCACAAGAAUGGAUAUCCACAAAAGAGGGCAUUAAAAAAUCUUUGUUCAGAAUAUUUAAGAAAAAUUAUUCAAAAUGAUGUUGGCGGACACGACAGCAAAGAGGAUGCCAUUGCUUGUAUGGAGCUGAUCCUCUGGAAAGCGAAGGAAGAAGCAAAAUUACAAUAAAUACGGCUACAAACCUUCGAGCAGACUGAAAUGUGUACAGCUUAAAAGUUUACGAUUUCGCAAAUAAAUAAUAAACUUUCUUUUUUUUUAAACUACUGUAUACGUUGUAUUAUAAUUUUUACGUAUAUAAAUAUAUGCGACAAAACAAUUGUAAGAUUAAUUGUAACACGUAGAAAUUAGAAAUCGUAAACGAUCGUUCUACUCUUUGAAUUGUAUUCACAUUUCCAUGAUAGUUACAUGUUUCUUUAUUCGUUAGCAGUCGUUAGUAAAUAUCAAACUCCACGUGUAAUUCUUAGUUUCAAGAUUUUAGUUCAAAGAUGUGAGCAUAGAACAAUGGUAAUUUGUAUUUUAUUUCUUUAAUUGCUUUCGAAGAAGCUACAGAAAUUGUAAACUUAUUUUUGAAGGUACAGCCUUGUAAUAAACGAACAUGAAUAUUUUGUACAUAUUAAUAUCUUUCACUUUUGGCGAUAGAAGUUGUAUUCAUUUUCAAUUUUGAAUAAAUAUAUUCUUUAUUUCAUUUUA